UAAUUUCGUCAGUCAACAUCCGAUAUCUGCCGCAGAAAGAAAAGCUGUGUUCGUUGUUUUGUUUGUUGUGUCUCCUGCGAGGAAAGGCAAAUCCGAUGAAAUUCUGAAGAAUCUUGCUUCCAUUGUUGUUGCGAAAAAGUGCAGUGCCGAUCGAGAGAAGUGACGUGUAAAUUAGUUCCAUUCGACAGUCCGGUGAAUAUCGACGGUGUUGGAAUUUUCCUUCGGUGGAACCGUUGGUGGGGUGACAUCUUGCGAAAUUUUUCUCCCAAUCGCGUUUUGACGUGUUCUUUUGUGGUGAGCUCUCUACAACAGCGGCGAGCAGUACAAAAGUGCCCGGAGUGAGCAGCGGCGGAUGCAGCAGAGGAUUCAUCGGCAGCUGCCCGAUCAGCAACAGGAUAUCAGAAGCGGCUUCUGAAAUUGCUGCCGCAAUGACAGCCAUGGAGUUCUACGCAAUUUACCUGCCAUACAAGGAACCGGAACUCUCCGUGAAGAGCUUCUACAACGAUAAGGAGGAGGCACUCAAGGUGCUAAAAUCGCACAAAGAGGCCCGGCUGAAGGCGUUCCGUACCAGCGAGGAGGCGGUCUAUUUCUAUCUGAAUGGCCCAACGGAACCGGUGCCGACGACCGCACCCAAAUCACCGACCAGCUCGGCCGCAAAACUCAAGCUCGAAAAAGCUCCUUUCAAGGCACCGAAAAGUCAAGAACUGGUGGCCUUUCGGAAAAACAUCGAGAAGAACGAACUGGACAUGGUGCGCAACAUCGUUCAGCUGAACCCGCGCUUCCUGGUUAGCUCAGGCGAUAUGCCCACCAUCCUCAAGGAGGGCCCUCGCUACAAUGCACUGCAUGUGGCUGCCAUGGAGGGCAGAACCGAAAUGUGUAAACUGAUCCUGCAGACCAUCGAAAAUCCCGGCUUCAUCGAGUUUCUGCACGGCCAGCGGAACCCCUCGACGGACGAGGUCAGUGCCAUCCUGCUCGAUCUGUAUCUGAACAUGCCGGACAAAUCGCGAAGCGAAACGCCACUGCACUUUGCCGCCAAGUUUGGUUCGGUGGGGGUGGUGGAAGUGCUGAUCUCGUAUCCGCAGUGCAAGAUGACCAAAAACUGCGAAGGGCACCUGCCGAAGGAUAUCAUAUGCACCCGUGCCAAAAAUAAAACCGAUGAAAUUUGCAAAGCCAUAGCAGAUCUGCUGCAGGAAAGGUUCUUCGUUCCGGUCAUCCGAGCCGUUGACAACAGCACCCCGCCGGUCGUGGGAGAGCCAUUCACGUUCACGAAUCCACCGAAUUUGGAUACCAAAGAUCGCUUCAGCCCGAAGUUGGAAAUCAAAGCCUACGCGGGUCCGAUGGAUAAGGAAAAGGCACACAUCUUCUGUAAACGAUGGAAAACUCCCCCGAGGUUGAUCCCGUCACCAAAGUUCAUCUCACCGGUGAAGUCGCUCAGCUCAAGUAAAAUUCCGGUGUCCGCCGUGGGAACGCUCAGUCCCCUGUCAUCGACGCCAAUUACCAAGAAGACGAGCGGCCGGAGAGCGCUGUUUCCUAACAGAUCGCUGGAACUGGAACAGGAUGAGUAUGAUAAAAGCAAUUCGCUCAAUAACAACUUCGAGAUCGAGGUCGUUAAAGAAGAGGUAGAUCAGGAAGCGCUAGAGGAGCAGCGGCAGAUGGACGAGAAAAAUGGGAACAAUCUGAUUGGAGGAAAGCAGACGCCAAAAAUCAUCAACAUCCGGGCAAGCCCUGUAAAAAAGGGAAUCGACGGAUUCCUUUUUCGGAAAUACCGCGAGAGAUUACAGAACUCGUUCGCCACGAUUUACGACGAUGAUGACGAUGACGGGGAUGGUCAGGCGAAUGAUAGCCGAGAUAUGGCGGACGUUGCCGAACAAUCGGUUGGAAAUGGAGAGGCGAAUUUUAGCUACUUUUGUGAUGAAAAUAAUUCGUUUUACGAGGGAACAAAUAUCACAGAAUCGCCUUCGUUCAAAGAACGGAAAUUGCGAUUAACUGACACGGAAAAGGGGCUGGAAAUUAUUGGCCGAAAUCUGGCUCAGGAUCAUGACGUCGGAUGGAAAGAAUAUUGGAAUUUUCUUGGGACGUUUGUCGAUCUGAGAAGCGAUGAAGGCAUGCAACAACUAGAUGACUUCCUUCGGAAGCGCCAACUGCAACUAGAUCUCAACGAGCAGGAAGCUCUCUUAAAAGCAUCCCGUCUUCCUAUUCCUGUCAAACCUAUCCUCCUUUCUCCCGGACAACCGAAUGAUAGUUUGGGCUCAAUUUGCGACGCCCUAGAUAAGAUGUCCCUGGCGGAUGCACUGAAGUCUUCUCCGCAAAUAACUGCCGUAAACUUCCGGAAGCGUUUAGGCAAUCAGGUGUCGUCGACCCCGGCGGCACCACCGGAACCCAUCCGCUCAAAAAUCACCAAUCCGUACCUGUGCCUGCAUAACUCGCUGCAGGUGUUUGCCAAACGGUUUGUGAAGAACCUGGACGAAAGCAGCAGCAGCACCAUGACGCUGGACUUCAGUGGGUUCUUCCAGCAGGCCGUAGUGGACUGCGUUCGGAAACUGAACACCAUGGUCGACAACUACCGGAAGGAUGCCGCGUUUGGAUCGAUAGAUUUUAGCAAGGUGCAUUCGCGUUAUGCCCAGCUAGUGGUGAUCAACAUCGAGCAGCAGAGUGAGACAUCACGGAGUGUGAUCCAUCGUCUGAAAGUUUUGUUGGACAAAAGUCGAGAGCUUAAUUCGGCCAAUCGAUUCGCGGACCUGCACGACAGUCUGAUCUGUUUGCAAAACUUCCUCGAUUUCUACAUCCACAAGAAGGACGAACUUAUGGCCGCCAGCAGCCAGGCGGCCACAUCCGGUCCGGACGGUGAACAGGAAUCGUCUCCCGUGCUCCAAACAGAAGCAAGCUGCAGUCAAACGUGGCGCGAAGAUCCACUGGUGCAUUGUUGCAACUGUCGGAUCAACGGAGUGUACGCCAAGAAGGGCAGCUUGGAGCGGUUAAACAAACGGCGCGAGCAACGGAAGAUGGCGGCAGCAGCAUCGAGCGGUGUCAGUAACAGCGGCAGUUCGGCUGCGAUUCUGAGUAAAACGGUUUCUAGUCUGGGCCGAUCUGCUACGCGGACGGCGCCAACGCAGUUGGGAAAUUUCGAUACGUAUCGGAACCCAACGGUCACGGCGUUUGGGGAGCAGUCCGAUGAGGAAGAUGACGAGUAUUUUAGUUGCAGUGAUUCCGAAGUGGAGAGCGAAUCCGAUUUGGAUGACCCGAACGUGACUUACGAGACACCUCCGUCGAGUCCUUCGUUUUUCUCGAACAAAACAAACGAAUUCGAUUUCAGCACUUUGUCACGUUCGGAGGAGGACAAAGCGAUGCUGAGUGCGGAUGAAGAUCAGUUCCUGGAUGUGGAAGAGCGUGAGGAUGAUUUUAGAACCAGUGGUAGUGGGAGCGGUAGCAGUGAUGACACAAAGAAACGGUACAAAUUAUUUAUUGAGGGGCAGGAACCCAGUAAGCAGGACGCGGAUGUAUUGAAUGUGCUCGAAGGGCGUUCGAUAGAUCAGGGCAAGUUUCCUCAUGUGCAUGAAUGGCGCAAAGCAAUGCUCGAGCUGUCAGUGGAGGAGAGGGACAGGUUAUCCUCAAAAACGCAGAAUUCUCGAAGACGAGCAACGUUCAACGGUGGCAUAUCGUUGGGAAAUCUCAACACCAGCAAUAUCACCAAUAACAGCAGUCCUUAUAUCGGUGGAGGUGGAGAUUCACCUCCAGCCAGUCCUGUUAGUUCCAAAGUAUUCCGGAUGGGAAGUUUGGGAAGCACUGGUAACACAACCAAUACCUCCCUCGAAGGACGACUGAGCCUGAUGAACGUUUCAGACUACGCCGGUGGUAGGCUCAAUCAACGAGUGGCACCGGCACCGUCUUCGUAGUUACAGCUUUACGUUCGCGUUGAGCAUUCGUUCUUGUUUUAAUGAUUCGAUUCAGAGAAAGAGAUCUUUGUUUUAUCCCGCGGGCAGGAUCGUGAAAGUACGAUAUCUGUUGUGAUUCGUUGUUUUAUUUUGUUUAAUUGAGUUAAAAACACUUCAAUCCACAAGUUAUUGUUUGUCUUGCAUUGCCCACCCGAAAACUUACUGUGGUAAAAAAAAACUUAACAUUAGCAUGUAGAAAGAAGAACCAACCUGCCAAAAAAGAAACGACAAAACGCUACGUUCCGCAUACUGGAAAGUCACAAAUAAACUGUAAAUUCCUCAGUAUCGUCGCUCGACAUAAAACCAGCUAGUUUGAAGAACCAGUGUCUAUCAUGAGACUUGAUGAGUCUUAUUUCCCUUUUUUACACUUAACACAAUUAUCUAGAACUUAGUAAGCGAUAUAAGCGAUUAUUGAAUACAUUAUAUAUUAUGCGACAUUUAUCUAAAGAAAUGCAAACAUUAGUCAAUCUGUA